GGCAACAGCCAAUGUAUCACCUCAAUUAUGGCAACCAUCAAGUGGCAUUUUGAUGACCAAUGAUGUUGUUGACACCAACCCUGAGGAUGCUGUACCCUGUUUUGCUUUGUCCAAAAAUGAUUCUUAUGUGAUGUCUGCGUCGGGAGGAAAGAUUUCUCUAUUCAAUAUGAUGACAUUUAAGACAAUGACAACUUUCAUGCCUCCACCACCUGCAGCAACGUUUCUUGCAUUUCAUCCUCAAGAUAACAAUAUCAUUGCUAUUGGCAUGGAUGAUUCAACAAUCCAGAUAUACAAUGUCCGUGUAGAUGAGGUCAAAAGCAAGCUUAAAGGUCAUUCUAAAAGAAUUACUGGCCUUGCCUUCUCUCAUGUGCUUAAUGUGUUAGUUUCAUCCGGAGCAGAUGCUCAGGUUAGCAACUUCUUCAAUAUUAAGUCUGUCAAGAGUUGUAAUGGCUACUAUAUUUCCGUUGUUUUAAUAGUAUUAGAUUGCUAGCUGAUAGCCCCCUCA